AUGCAACAAAAGGGCGGGUCUUACACUUACUUUUUAAGACAUGACUUUGCUUUCAUUUCAAAUGGCAAAGCUGUACUUGGUUUCUCAGAAACUCUUCCAGCUCCAGCCAUGGAGGAAAGCAUUCUUUUUCAUUUAACCCUCCCGGACAUCUGCUUUUCCUUCCUGUCUCUGAUCUUAUUCCUCGUGGAUGUGGCACUGGACCUGUGGGCCGUGGUAGAGCUUUAUGAAGAUGAGAAAUACUUCUCCAUGGGAUUUUUGAUAUUUCUUCUGCUCGGUUCUUCGGUUCUGACGCAGAUCUACAGCUGGAUCUGGUACUCUGAACAAAACAAAUCUGAUCCGAAGACCGACGUUGAGAACUUCAUCAGGAGACACAGUUUAGUGGGUCCGGUGCACAUCUUCCAGCUCGGCAUCGUUCUCAGGUAUGCAGAAUUAAUAGUGAACACAGUUUGCGGUUAUAACAAGGAUGAUAGCCACAAAAAGGAAGUCACGGUGUACCUGCAACAUGAUCUCAGCAUUUUGCGUCUGUUCGAGGCGUUCUCUGAAAACGUUGCACAGCUGGUGUUGAUGAUAGCUCUCACCGUGAACAUGCAGGACCAGCAGCUCUUCACAGUUGCUAAAAUCAUCGUCUCUCUCUCCUCCCUUUCCUUAUCCUUAAUGACCCACCAUCGCCACAUGCGUGCGUUCGUCCUUAAGAAAAAUAAAAUGGGAUGGUCUUCAUCUGUCUUCUUCUUCCUGUGGAACUUGUUCCUGAUCGGCCCUCGUGUGGUGGGCGUGUCCCUCUUCGUCUCUGCCCUGCCCUGCUACUUCACUGCUCACUUCCUGUCCCUGUGGACGCUACUGAUCUUCUGGGCCUGGUGGCAGAAGACAGACUUCAUGGAGAGUAAAGCUGGAGAAUGGCUGUACCGGGCCACCGUAGGCCUCAUCUGGUACUUCAGCUGGUUUAAUGUCACGAGUGGACGCACCAGACUCGAAGCAAUCAUCUAUCACGUGGUCAUGGGGUCAGACACCAUGCUGCUGUUAGGAUUAUGGUGGUGGUGGAGAUCUGUGGAAUCGGCUCGUCUAGGUCCGCUACCUAUUAACCCCUACCUGCUUAUCGCCGUGUUAGUGACCAUCUACAUUACAGGAAUCUUACUGAGGCUGCUUUAUUACUGGAAAUUCCAUCCUAAUAAACCAGCUUUACAGACAAGGCUGGAAAACCCAGACCUGGAACCUCGGGCACCAAUAAGGAGAACAGCAUGUAUGGAUAUCGAGCAGACGGACACACCAGAACCUUCACCUACGUCCACUGAUAUACCUCAGACACAGAGACCUCUCACUGGCAUCCACAAAAGGAUGAAAAUCAUGGCUGAGAACUUCUACUACUAAUCUCGAGUUAUUUAUUUACAGUAAUGUACAUAAUCUGUAUAUUCUAGCACAGAAGUAUAUUCUCUUACCGUUUAUAACAUGCUCUUUCCAUGUACAGCCUUAUUUUUUUAUUAUUAUUUUUUUUUUGUAAAUGGUUGUAUAAAUCAGUUGCUUUGCAUUGCCAUGGUUACCCUACAUGACGAACACGGG